AUGGGACGAACAGGAGCUGGAAAAACGACGUUGGUCAAUGCACUUUGUGGAACACGACAUGAAUCAGGCGCAGGAAAAGGAAGUGUGACGCGAAAUCUUUUUCGUAAUGAUGUCGGUAAUGGUGAAAAUGCAUUUUCUUUAAUUGAUACACCUGGAACUGAUAGUUCUAUUGAAACAUACAAACAUGCUUUUUUAUUAAGAGAAGCUUUAACAGCAACAAAAAUGAAUACUAUUUUUAUUGUUAUUAAAUACGAUAGUCGAUUUGAUAAAAUGAUAGACAAUUAUUUUGAAUUAGAACAACCGGUCUACAAUUAUGGCAAUAAAAUAAUUGUAAUGAUUUCUCAUUGGGAUCAAUCGAAGGAACCAGAAAAGGAUUUUCGAGAAAUUUGUGAAUUAUUUCAAGAUGAAUGUACAAAUAUAAACAAUAUAAUAUUUUAUUCGGAACAAAGUUCGAAAAUAGAAGUGGCAAAUUUAAUGUACACAUGCAUAUCAAAUAUGGAAGAAGAAAAAUUAGAAAUAAAGGACGAAGACUUUUUUUUACAAUUUAAUAUAUGUCAAAUGAAAAGUCAAAUGAAAGUUUCCCUCACUCAUUAUCAAAAAAAAGCAAAUUUACUCUCACAAGAAUAUACAGAAUUGAUAAAUUCAGUUAAAUCUGAAUCUGUUGAAGAUAAGGAUGAAGUUUUACAUAUGACCAUAGUCCAAUUUAAAAAUGAAAUGGAAACAUUACUACAGGAAUUUCGACUUCAACAUGGUGGUGCAAUGGCAGAAUUAGAUUAUUAUACAUUCUACAUUAAAAUGGAGAAGGAAAAUGUUAGAAUUUGUGAUGAGUUUGUUGAAAAAGUAGUACCAUUAAUGUCUUAUAAUUUAUUUGACAACCAAGAUCCGAGAAAUUUGAUCAAAAAAUGUCCAUAUUGUGGUUUAAUUUGGUUCAAAACAGAAGGUUGUGAUGGAACCACAACGUGUGGCAACAAUAAAUUUGACAGUUAUUACGACGUCAGUAGUAAAGCUUUUUGGAAAUAUCAUUUGCAACGAACAGAUGGAAAGCUUCAAUGGACAAAAAACCCAAUGAAGAAAAAUAUUCUUGAAGAAUCGACUCGAGAUGGUAAAGAAACACUUAUACGAAGCGUGCAAUGGGUAUCCACGAUAAUCAAAGAAUGUAGCGAUGAUGCAAAUUCAAAGCGGGUGGGCUGUGGAAAAGAGUUCAAAUGGAGUCAACUUCCAAAAGUAGACGAUGAUUUAAUUCUAGAAUUAUUCAAAGUAAAAACAAUCGAUCAAGCUAAACAAUUAAUUCAAGCCGGCAAUUUUAGAGAUGUCAAACAAAAUUACGAAUUUUGUAUCGACUCCACUUUUUAUUUUUGA